AUGGCCUCUGCUAUUCUUGAGACAAAUAACCACGAACCCCAUCAGAAAACUCAAGAUGAUCAAAUAAUGAGGAUUCAAGGAGAAUUUCGUAAGACACAGCCACCUGUGUUUAAGGGUGAUCCAAACCCUAUGGUAGCAGAAGAGUGGUUAAGACAAAUAAGGAGAAAGAUGAAUGAACAAGGAGUUCCUAGAAACCUGAAAGUAACCAUUGCUUCUACUUAUUUGGAAGGACAAGCUUAUCAUUGGUGGGAAUCUGUCUUGGCUAUGCCUGAUGUUGAGAUUACAACUUGGGUUGCCUUUGAGAAAAUAUUUCUGGAAAAAUAUUUUCCUGAAACUAUGAAAACCAUGAAGGUACGUGAGUUCACCAAUCUUUAUCAAGGUGAUAUGACUGUGGGACAAUAUCAAGCUAAGUAUGAAGAACUUAUGCAUUUUGCUCCUUACAUGAUUCCUGAUGAGUCUGCAAAAGCGAAGAAAUUUGAAGAAGGGUUGAGACUAGAGGUCAAGGAGAAAGUGGAACUUUUUAAGUUAAAGAAAUAUGUUGAAGUUGUUGAUCGUGCCUUAAUGGCGGAACAAAGGAUACUUAGUUCUAAGAGAAUUUUUGAACCUAAGAAUCCAAGUGGGGGACAAAGUAGCAAACGCCAAAGAUUUUUCCCCUCUCGAUCCCGGUAUCAAAAUCCAAGAUCAUUUGAGGUAACUCGAAACUCAAGAUUUUGUUAUCAUUGUCAGCAAAUAGGACAUUACCAGAGGGAUUGUCCCCAGCUACAAUCAUAUCAGAUACCUAUUGCUCCACAAUCACAAUCACAGUUCCGUGCACCACAACAACAAAUUCAAGCUCCACAAACACAGUAUUGUGCUCCGUACCAAGCCCCAUACCAAGCUUCACAUAAUCAGUUUAGAGGUCCUGUUAAUCAACAAGCACAAUGCCCAAGAGGACAACUUACAAAACAAGGGCCUAAGGCGCCAGGAGCAGCAAGAAGACCAAAACAACUCACUCAAGGACGAGUAUAUGCUGUUGGACAAGUGGUGGAGCAGAAUGAACCUACUGUGGUGGAAGAAUAUGAAUUUAUGAAAUCCUCGUUAAUGAUUGGAUUUUCAUUGGGUAAAUGUGUUGAAGUUAAUAAGUUGUGUAGAUACUGCAUAAUAGAGAUAUCAGAUCAUAAACUUGUUGUUGACCUGAUGAUAUUAGAAUUCAUGGGGUAUGAUGUAAUAUUGGGGAUGGACUUGCUUACCCAAUUUAAGACUAUUCUUGAUUGUGGUAGAAAGAUGGUGAACAUGACUCUCAGCAAUGGGAAAACAUUCAGUUUUUAUGGAAAUAGGAAUAGUUGCAAGCCUGAAUAA